AUGUGAUCAUGGAUCUCACAGUAUCUGAAAUCACAACAUCAUCUGUGUUACUGGAAUGGAAUAAACCUUUUGGAUACAGAUCUUUCUUUAAAGUUCAAUGGAUUGGUGAUACAACAGGGGAAGAUGAAACCAAUAACACAUCCUAUAACGUCAUUGGACUAACUCCUGGUGUCAACUACACGUUUAUCAUCACAGCUGUUGCAGAAUGUAACUUGACAGAAGGAGAUCCAGUUGUUAUCUCAAACUGUACCAAGCCAGAUGUGAUCAAGGACCUCAUAAUAUCUGAAAUCACAACAUCAUCUGUGUUUCUGGAAUGGAAAGAACCUUCUGGAAACAGAUCUUACUUUAAAGUUCAAUGGAUUGGUGAUAAAACAGAGAGAAAUAUAACCACACAUAACCUAUCCCUAAACAUCACUGAACUAACUCCUGGUGUCAACUACACGUUAAUCAUCACAGCUCUUGCAGGAGAUAACUCAACAAAAGGCCAUUCAGUUGUUAUCUCAAUCUAUACCAAGCCAGAUGUGAUCAAGGAUCUCGCAGUAUCUAACAUCACAACAUCAUCUGUGUUUCUGCAAUGGAAAGAACCUUCUGGAUACAGAUCUUUCUUUAAAGUUCAAUGGAUUGGUGAUAUAACAGGAGGAAUCAAAACAAAUUCCAUAUCCUAUAACAUCACUGGACUAACACCUGGUGUCAUAUACAAGUUUAACAUCAUAGCUGUUGCAGGAGAUAACUCGACAGGAUAUCCAGUUGUUAACUCAACCUGUACAAAGCCGGAAGUGAUCAGGAAUCUUACAACAUCUGAUAUCACAACAUCAUCUGUGUCUCUGCAUUGGGAAGAACCUUCUGGAUACAGAUCUUUCUUUAAAGUUCAAUUUCUUUCUGCAACCGAUAAUAAAUACAUUAAUGAAACAUCUUAUAUCAUAAAAACUCUAAAUGCUGGAGAAACAUACAACGUUUGCAUCACUGCUUUUGCAAGAGACAAAUCGACAGAAGGCAAUGCCAUAUGCCAUUCAGUAACUACUAAUGUGAUCGAGAAUCUUUUCGCAUCUGACAUCACAAUAUCAACUGUGCUUCUGAAAUGGGAUGAACCUUUGGGAAACAGAUUUUUUUUUAAAGUUCAAUGGAUUGGUGACAAAGCUGGUGAAAAAGAAACCAAUGACACAUCCUAUAACAUCACUGGACUAACUCCUGGUGUCAAAUACAUAUUUAACAUCAUACCGGUUGCAGCAGAUUCCUUGACAGAAGGACAUUCAGCUUCUAUCCCAAUUUAUACCAAACCUGAUGUCACAACAAACCUCAGCACUAGUAAUAUUACAUCAUCAUCGGUCUUACUACACUGGACUAAACCAAAAGGGCAAAACUCCCAUUAUCGUGUAGAAUAUGAAAAUAACAGUAUGACUAUAAAUGAAACUACGAAGAACACCUUCAUCAAAAUAAAUCAUCUGAUGUCUGGAUUACAGUACUUAUUCAAAGUGUAUGCAGUUGCAGCUGAUAAUGUGACAGAGGGGAGUUGCAAUCAGAUUUUUCUUUAUAUCGAUCCAGAUGUGAUCAGGAAUCUUGCAGUGACUGAGAUCACAACAUCAUCUGCGUUUCUGACAUGGAAUGAACCAGUCGGAAUAAGACAUUUCUUUAGAGUUCACUGGAUUGGUAAUAAAUUAUCUAGAAAUGCAACAACCAACCUCACAUCCUACAACAUCAAUGAUCUGAAUGCUGGAGUCAGUUACAGGUUUUGUGUCACUGUUGUGGUUGUUGAUAACUCAAGAGAAGGCCAAGCUGUCUGUAUGUCAAAAUAUACACGCUCCUUUGUGGACAAUAUUGGGAUGGCAGUCGGUAUAGGCCUGGGAGUGUUCUGUUUUAUCCUCACCAUCACUGUCAUCUAUUGGAGAAUAUAUAAAAAGAAAACAAAUUCAGACACCCCCAUGCAUGCCAUGAGAAGCCUUCCUUUGACACAAAAGGUUUAUGAAGAAUAUUUCAAGGAACAUGCAGACUUCUUUCGAUUUGAGGAAGAGUAUGAGGUUUUGAAAGCUGUUGGAACUGCACAGUCAAGGAUUGCUGCCCUCAUUAUUGAAAACGAAGCAAAGAACCGUUAUGUUAAUGUGUUACCUUAUGAUGCUUCAAGAGUGAAAUUAUCAAUAUGUUGCAGCCCCUUCGACGAUUACAUCAAUGCCAACUACAUCCCAGGUUACAAUUUUAGAAAAGAGUUUAUAGCUGCCCAGGGACCAUUGCCUAAUACGGUAAAUGAAUUCUGGAGAAUGAUCUGGGAGCAGGACGUCUACACCUUAGUGAUGCUGACCAAAUGCAAUGAGCAGGGACAAGUGAAAUGUGAGAAGUACUGGCCAUGUGGGACUAAUCAUUAUGACAACAUCUCAGUUACAACCAUAGUUGAAACCGUACAGGAAAACUGGACCACAAGAGACUUUACCAUCAAAAAUGUUAAAACAGCAGAGACUCGCAAUGUACGGCAAUUCCAGUUAACAACCUGGCCACAUCAUAGAGUCCCACAGAGCACUGAACUUCUCAUUGACUUCAGACACUUGGUGAGAGAGCACAUCGACCAACAGUCAAGCUACUCGCCAACUGUGGUGCAUUGCAGUGCUGGUGUGGGCAGAACAGGGACAUUCAUUGCCAUCGACUGCCUGAUCUUGAAGAUUGAAAAAGAAAGCAUGGUGGACGUCUAUGGAAUCGUUCAUGAUAUGCACUUGCACAGACCUUUCAUGGUGCAGAGUAAGGACCAAUAUGUUUACCUCCACCAAUGUGCCUAUGAUAUUAUCAGGUCAAGAGCUGGACCCUCUGAGGACAUCACAAUUUAUCAGAAUAUGUACAGUAGGUUUUAAAUCUGUACUCAAAA